CGCUGUCAUGACAACAAAGUAUCUGAGCCAGCGAUGCAAAUUGCCAGGCAAGCUAUCAAAGAUGGCGUCCACUGGGAUCCAGAUGCAGAUGGACCCGCUGUUUUUAGCGAUGAGUUUUUACCGUCGAAGGAAAUUCGAAGAAUGCUCAGAAGUAUGUACAGAGUUGCUGAAGAAAAAUCCUUAUGACCAGGCUUCCUGGUGUUUAAAGACACGAGCGCUCACGGAGCAAGUCUACGUGGACGAAGUAGAUGUUGACGAGGAAGGAAUCGCGGAAAUGUUGAUGGAUGAUAACGCUGUUGCCCAGUUACCUCGACCUGGAACUUCACUGAAAAAACCGGGAACAAGCACUGGGCAUGGAGCCCCUACUCCUGGAGUUAGACCCAUGUCCCAAUCAGGACGUCCAGUUAGUGGAUUUGUUAGACCUGGAACACAAAGUGGAAGACCUGGAACCAUGGAACAAGCCAUUAGAACUCCUCGUACUGCUCAAACAGCAAGACCAGUGACAAGUGCAUCUGGUCGUCAUGUUCGUCUUGGUACUGCUUCCAUGCUGUCACAACCUGAUGGACCAUUUAUUAACAUUGCAAAGCUCAACUUGUCUAAAUAUGCACAGAGGCAAAAUCUUGCAAAGGUUUUGUUUGAAUAUAUUUUCCACCAUGAAAAUGAUGUGCGAAAUGCAUUAGAGCUUGCGGCCAAAGCAACCGAAGAGUGUCAGUUUAAAGACUGGUGGUGGAAAGUUCAACUUGCUAAAAGCUAUUACAGACUCGGUAUGUAUCGUGAUGCUGAGAGGCAGCUUAAAUCUGCGCUACGUGAUCAAGACAUAGUGGACACCUACCUGUAUCUGUGUAAAGUGUACAAGAGGCUCGACCAACCAGUCACUGCUAUUGAAGUGUAUAAAAAGGCCUUGGAGAAAUUUCCCGGAGAGACUACUCUUCUGACAGGAAUAGCUCGCAUUCACGAGGAGUUAAAUGACAUGACAAACGCCGUCAAGCUGUAUAAAGAAGUUCUUCAUUAUGACAAUACACACGUGGAGGCUAUCGCUUGUAUUGCAACGCAUCAUUUUUACACCGAUCAGCCAGAAAUAGCGCUCAGAUUUUAUCGCCGCCUUCUCCAGAUGGGUGUAUACAACGCAGAACUGUUUACAAAUCUUGGCCUGUGCUGUUUUUUCGCUCAACAGUACGACAUGACAUUGAACUGUUUCGAAAGGGCGUUGGCCUUGGCUUCGGAUGAAAACAUGGCGGAUGUCUGGUAUAAUAUUGGUCACGUAGCUGUGGGUAGUGGUGACAUUCAGCUUGCCUACCAAUGUUUCAGGCUUGCUCUGGCUUCGAAUAACGAUCACGCCGAAGCCUACAAUAACCUGGGGGUACUCGAAAUGCGGAAAGGUCGUACAGAACAGGCCCGCGCGUUCCUUCAAGCUGCGGCGUCUCUUGCUCCUCAUAUGUAUGAGCCUCAUUACAAUCAUGGACUGCUGUCACUUAAGAUUGGAGACUUACAGAGCAGUCACAGCUCCAUAACUAAUUCCUUAGAAGGCUACCCGGAUCACAGCGAUAGUAAAGAUGUCCUCAAUCAACUCAAGGAGGAUUUCGCCGCGUUGUGAAAAAUGGACGACUUUUGCAAAUAAUGACUAUAAUAUUGUACAUAAAAGAAACGGCUGAACGUAUGAACUUUUAAAUAUCAUUGUCGUUUUUGUCUGACUGAAUAUCAAGCACAGUCUCCAUCGAUU